AUGUACAGUGUCGUAAAAACGCACCGCAAAGCUAGUGAAGUGGCCGGCGACGGUGACUUUUUUUCGGGAUAAAAACGUGGUAGGGUGUCGCGGUGUGCGAAGUAGAGCAUACAAGAUCUUUUGUGGACAUCAUUUUAGCUAAGAAUCAUGGCAGGAGCUGAAGAAUUUAUGAAGUAUCGUUCCCCGUUAGUGUCAAGGUAUGCCAGCAAGGAAAUGGCUUACAACUUCAGUGACAAGAAGAAAUUCACAACAUGGAGAAAGCUGUGGAUUUACCUCGCUAAGGCUGAGAAGGCUUUGGGUCUGCCCAUCACAGACGAACAGAUCGCGGAGAUGGAGAGUCACGCCGAGGACAUCGACUUCGCCAUGGCAGCGGAGGAGGAACGGAAGCUCAGGCACGACGUCAUGGCUCACGUUCACACCUUCGCACACUGCUGCCCCGCCGCCGCCCCCAUCAUCCACUUGGGCGCUACUUCCUGCUACGUGGGAGACAACACGGAUCUGAUUAUGCUGCGCGAUGGAUUCGACAUUCUUUUACCCAAGCUAGCCAGAGUCAUCGACAGAUUGGCUAACUUCGCCGAGAAAUAUUCGCACCUUCCCACGCUCGGCUUCACGCACUACCAGCCGGCUCAGUUGACAACGGUUGGGAAGCGAGCGUGCUUGUGGCUGCAGGACUUGGUCAUGGAUAUGAGGAACCUUCAACGUGCACGUGAUGACCUGCGUUUCCGCGGGGUGAAGGGGACCACCGGUACUCAAGCUAGUUUCCUGCAACUCUUCCAAGGAGACCACGACAAGGUAGAAGACCUGGACAGGUUGGUUACUGAGAUGGCCGGCUUCAAAAAAGCCUACCUGGUGACCGGACAAACAUACAGCCGCAAAGUGGACAUAGACAGUCUAGCCAGCCUUGCUAGUCUAGGCGCCACAGUCCACAAGAUUUGUACUGACAUCCGCUUGCUGGCUAACUUGAAGGAGAUUGAGGAGCCUUUUGAGAAAGAACAGAUCGGUUCUAGCGCCAUGCCGUACAAGAGGAACCCCAUGCGUGCCGAGCGAUGCUGCAGCCUCGCUCGCCACCUGGUGGCGCUGAUGACCGACCCGCUGCAGACGGCGUCGGUGCAGUGGCUGGAGAGGACGCUGGACGACAGCGCCAACAGGAGGAUCUCCCUGCCAGAGUCCUUCCUCACUGCUGACAUCAUCCUGAGCACUCUCCAGAACAUCACUGAAGGUCUGGUGGUCUACCCCAAAGUCAUUGAACGUCACAUCCGCCAUGAGCUGCCCUUCAUGGCCACGGAGAACAUCAUCAUGGCCAUGGUGAAGGCUGGAGGCAACAGACAGGACUGCCACGAGAAGAUCCGCGUCCUCUCCCAGGAGGCGGCGGCCGUCGUCAAACAGGAAGGCGGCGACAACGACCUUCUGGCAAGGGUCCAAGCCGAUUCUUACUUCGCUCCUAUUUUGGGGCAACUUGAUGCGCUACUGGACCCCAAGACCUUCAUCGGCCGUGCUCCUCAGCAGGUGGCGAGAUUCCUCUCAGAGGAGGUGCGCCCUCUGCUGGAGCCUUACAACUCCAAAAUGGAUGUCAAGAUCGAGCUCGAGCUCUAACACAACUCAAAUGGAAUACUUCCGUCCGUCCGUCCGUCCGUACGUAUGUACCCAAUACCGUGUGUCACUCAUAACGCCGUUUUUGAGACACAAGCGGCACCACGGUAAAUACAAAUACUUUUUAAUAGAAAAGAAAACAUCAUGACUGAAUUGUUUCACUUAUUUCCACCUGCUGUUGUAAAAGAGAAAUAGCAUCAGGAAUUAUUAUGGUGACUUAAUUAUGUGGAAAAUGACUUUCACCAUUAAAAUUGAGCAAAUGAUCAA